GAAGAGCAACUCAGAAUGCUGAUGACUGGACCAGGUGGGACAGGAAAGACUCACAUUGUGAAAGCCGUCCAACGAGUGAUGCAGCAUUAUGGGUGUGCACAUCUCAUCAGGUUGUUGGCCCCAACUGGAUCAGCAGCCGCACUCAUUGAUGGCAUGACAGUGCACAAAGAACUGGGAAUC